AUGGCGGUAGUUGAGAAGCAGGAGCCUGAACAGGUCGCUCCCCCGGCCGAGGAGCCCAAGAAAGAAGAAGAGGAGGUGAAGGCUGAGCCGUUUUACAAGCAGUUCUUCACUUACUUCCGUCUGCUCUUCGCCGCCGACCCAACAUGGCUCGACGUCUUUCUCAUCAUCUUCGGCACCAUCACCGCCAUAGCGGCUGGUGUGCCGUUCCCUCUCAUGGGUAUUCUGUUCGGUCAGCUUGUCGAUAACAUGAACGCCGCCACCUGUGCUGCCGACGAAAACCGCGAUGCAUUCGCCUACGAGGACGCGAUCAACGACAAGGUCAUCAAGACCGUCAUCGUCGGUGCCGCCGCUCUUGUUCUCAUCUACAGCUACAUCCUCGCCUGGAACAUCACUAGUCAACGUCUCGCCCAGCGCAUGCGUACAAAGUAUGUCUCAUCUCUGCUGAAGCAGCCGCCCUCCUUCUUCGACAAGCGCGCCGCCGCCGGUGAGGUCUCGAGCAGACUGCAUGGCGACAUCACCGCCAUUCAGUCCGGUACUUCGGAGAAGGUUGGCAUCAUCCUCGCCAGUUUGAGCUUCUUCGUCACCGUCUUCAUCAUCGCUUUCACGAAACAGCCAAAGCUCGCGGGAAUGCUCGUCUCCAUGUUCCCAGCUUUCAUGCUGUCCUCAUUCCUCGGCGGUUCCUACAUCGCCAAGUACAGUGGAAUGAUGACCCAGGCCAUUGCGUCUGCCUCCUCGAUUGCGUCCGAGGCCCUCUCUCAUGUUUCCGUGGUUCAGGCUUUCGGCGCUGGUCCCCGUCUGGAGGCUAAGUUUGCCGACCACAUGAUUGAUGCUCGCAAGGCUGGUAUCAAGAAGGCUGCUGUUGCCGCUGUCCAAGCCGGUCUCCUCUACUUCAUCGCUUACGCUGGAAACGCUCUGGCUUUCUGGCAGGGCAGUAUCAGAAUUGCCGAAUCCAUGUCUGGUAAAGGUAACGGAGCCAGCGUUGGUGAGAUCUACGCUGUUGUCUAUCUGCUCGUUGACGCUUGUAUCAUGUUGGGAUCCAUCGCCCCUAUUCUGCCCCUUCUCGGAGGUGCCACGGCCGCAUACAAGCGCCUCAUGGAGGAUAUCGAGUCCCCCUCGGAGAUCGACGGUACCUCCGACGAAGGCAAGAUUCUCCCCUUGGAUGAGCCCAAGGGCAUUACUCUUCGCAACGUUACUUUCGAGUACCCUUCUCGCCCUGGAAUGCCCGUUCUCCGUAAUGUCGAUCUCGAUUUCCCUGCUGGCAAGUACACCGCCGUUGUUGGUCUCUCUGGCAGUGGCAAGUCUACCAUUGCUGCCCUUAUCGCUCGUCUUCAGGACCCCAACCAGGGAGCGAUUCUCCUCAACGGCCACGACAUUCGCGAGCUUAAUGUCCGCAGUCUUCGUAGCUUCAUCAGCUUCGUUCAGCAGGAGCCCUCUCUUCUCGACCGUUCUAUUCUCGAGAACAUUGCCCUCGGUCUGAUCAACUCGCCCAAAGAGUCUCACCAGCACCUGAAGCCUUUCCUCAAUGGCAGCCAGCUCGCUGAGAUUGCUUCCAAGGGCAAGGACGCUCUGACAUCCGUUGACGGCUAUGGACCCGAGGUUCGGGAGAUUGUUGAGCUCGUCCGCCAGGCCGCUGAGCAAGCUGAUGCCGCAAGCUUCAUCAAUCGCCUCGAUGACGGUUACGGUACCAUGGCCGGCCCCAGCGGCUCUCUUGUCAGUGGUGGCCAACGCCAGCGUAUUGCUCUUGCCCGUGCUUUGAUUCGUGACCCCAAGAUUCUUGUUCUGGACGAGGCUACCUCUGCCCUUGACUCUGCCAGCGAGAAGCGCAUCCAGCAUGCUGUAGAGCAGGCCGCCACCGAGAACCGUACGAUUAUUUCCAUCGCCCAUCGCCUUUCCACCAUCCGCAACGCAGACAACAUCGUCGUCAUGGAAGCAGGCGAAGUCGUUGAGCAGGGCAGCUACAACGAGCUCAUGGCCCGCGAGGACGGAGCUUUCGCCCGUAUGGCCAGACUGCAAACUCUUGGCACCACCGACCGCGCUCCCAGCGCCGGUUCAGUCUCUGGCGACUCCCUCGAUGCCUCAACCCUCAAGACCGACCACGUUAUCCAAGAAAAGGCCGAGGACCCUGAUGAGCCCUCGGAGAAGGCGGCUUUGAAGCAGGAGAAGAGCAACGAGGAAGAGAAGAAGGAAGACGACCCCGCCGUCGGUGACGAGAAGCCUUACAGCAUCGUCUUCAAGGGUCUUGCCCGUCUCAUUCGCCCAUCCUAUGCCUGGUUGAUUGUUGCCAUGAUCGCUGCUACCAUCGUCGGAUGCACCUUCACCGGUUCAGGUCUCAUUUUCGGUUUCACUGUUGGUGCUCUUAACCCUUGUGCCAGCACUGUCUCCCGCAUCCUGUCCAUGGGUCGCUUCUUCUCUGGUCUUCUUUUUGGUCUUGCCUGCAUCGAGUUCUUUGCCAACUUCUUCGCCUGGUCCUGCUUCGGUGUUGUUGCAGAGAAGCUUCUGUACUCUGUCCGCGUUCUGUCUUUCCGUUCUCUGAUGGAUCAGGACGUUCAGUGGCACCAGUCUGAGGGCCGUAGCCCCUCGGGUCUUCUCACCAUCAUCACCAAGGACAGUGCGGCCAUUGGUGGUUUCAGUGGUUCGACUAUCGGUACCGUCUUCGCCAUUUGCGUCAACGUCGUUGUUGCUGUUAUUCUUUCCCACAUUAUCGCUUGGAAGAUUGCUCUCGUCUGCUUGGUCACCAUUCCCCUCCUCCUCGGUUCUGGUUUCAUGCAGCUGCGCAUGCUGGCACGUUACGAAGAGCGCCACUCUGCCGCCUUCUCGACUGCCACUUCGGUUGCCACUGAGGCUGUUCAGUCCAUCCGCACCGUUGCCGCUCUGUCUCUCGAGAAGGAAGUUAUGUCUUCAUACGAGCGUCUGCUACUCCCGCCUCAGAAGCAGAUGGUCCGCGCCUCCGCGACGACCAACAUUUGGCUGGCUAUCUCCAACGUCACCGGAACCUUCGUCAAUGCCCUUGCCAACUGGUGGGGAACUCAGCUCAUCAUGAGAGGCGAAUACACCCAGACCCAGUUCCUCAUCAUUCUCGUCGCCAUGCUUAUCAGUGCCCAGCUUUGGGGUACCAUGUUUGCUCUGGCUCCUGAGUUCUCCCGCGCACGUGGCGCCCUGUCUCGCAUCAUGAACGUCAUCAGCCUCGGCAAAAACGACGACCUGAGCAAGACUGGCACCCAGCCCAAGCAGCUCGUGGGCGACGUCAAGACUCAGGAGGACCCCGAGGCCACUGGAGAGUCCAAGGCCAAGGCACCCCGACCCAACUCCAGCGGCGUCCAGGUGACUUUCAAGAACGUCUCGUUCUCCUACCCCAGCCGCCCCGAUGUCAACAUUCUCGACGGCGUCUCCUUCACUCUGCAGCCAGGCCAGUUCUGCGGUUUGGUCGGUCCCUCCGGAGCCGGAAAAUCCACCAUCAUGAACCUCGUCCAGCGCCUCUACUUCCCUACCGCCGGUAGCAUUCUGAUCGAUGGCCACGACAUCGCCAACCUCCCCAACUCCUUCCGUGACACCGUCGCCAUUGUGCCUCAAGACCCUACCCUUUUCGACGGCAGCGUUCGUUUCAACGUUAACCUGGGCUCUGCCCCGGACAGCGACGCCACCCAGGCCGAGAUCGAGGAGGCUUGCAAGCUCGCCAACAUCCACGACGUCAUCAUGUCCCUGCCCGAUGGCUACGACACCGAGUGCGGUCCCUCCGCUUCCCGUCUGUCUGGUGGUCAGAGACAGCGUCUCGCCAUUGCCCGUGCUCUCGUCCGUAAGCCGCGUCUUCUCCUGCUUGACGAGAGUACCAGUGCCCUCGACGCCGCAUCCGAGGCUGCUCUUCAGGAGGGUCUCGAGCGUGCGUCCCGCGGUACGACCGUGCUGGCGAUCACUCACCGUCUGCACACCGUGCAGAAGGCUGAUGUGAUCUUCCUCGUCGAGGGUGGUCAGAUCGUCGACAGCGGAAAGCACCAAGAGUUGAUGGACAGGAGGGAGAGCUACAGAAUCAACGCCAUGCAGCAGAUGCUGCAGUGA